CUUCCCGUCGCGUAACUGCAGCGGACACAAUCCUAGCUCCGAUUCUCCCGUGGGUCGCUGACCUGGUACAAUUACCGUUCGCUGUUUCCCGGUGUUGCCGUCGCAGCACACCCAUACACCACCACCAAAAGCGCCGACAACACCCCCGAAAAGCCACACCAAAACCCAGAACGACCAACCAUGUCCCGUUCAGCUUCAAAUUCGUCCUCGGGAGAGUCCGACACCCCUCCGCCGCCUCCACCCAACACUCCGACCGAACCGACUUCGGGAAAUGGCCAUGCUCAUUCCCGACUACCGGGAGUGCCGGGGGGCAAUGACUGGAGGAGGGGAAUCGUAGCUAAGAUUCUUCCUCACUGGAACGCUUCGUCCAUCAACCCUGGCUGGACUCCGGCAAUUGCGGGUGGCACCGCGGGAUUUGUGUCGGGAGUCUUCACUUGUCCGCUCGAUGUAGUCAAGACGAAGCUACAGGCCCAGGCUGGAUGGUCGCGCACUACUCCGCGUCCUCGUGGCGCGAUAGGCGCUGGUGAACUCAAGUACCGCGGGUUGAUAGGAACAACCAAGACGAUCCUUCGCGAGGAUGGCCUCCGCGGAAUGUACAAAGGCCUCGGCCCGUUGAUUCUCGGAUAUCUCCCCACUUGGACGGUGUACUUCACAGUCUAUGAGAAAGGAAAGGUUGAGUUGAAGCCAUACAUCGAGACCGAAAGCUUCGUCCAGAUGGGUGCUGCGGUUCUCGCUGGCGCUUCGAGCACUUUGUGCACCAACCCCAUCUGGGUCAUCAAGACGCGCUUGAUGUCGCAGCCGCCAGCCGCUAGCAGUACUGCGGCGGUGAGAUCGUCUGCGUACUUUUACUACAAUACGUGGGAUGCCGCCAGGAAGAUGUACCGUUACGAGGGACUCAAAUCCUUCUACUCCGGCCUCUCGCCCGCUCUUCUCGGUCUUACCCACGUGAGCGUCCAGUUCCCGGUGUACGAGUUCCUGAAGAAACACUUUACCGGCGGAAUCGAGCUUGGAAAGCAAGAUGCAGACGGCAACAGCAAUUUCAGCGGAAUUCUGGCAGCCAGUUGCCUCAGCAAGAUCUGUGCCUCUUGUGCCACCUACCCCCACGAAGUCCUGCGCACUCGUCUGCAGCGCCAGAGGAUUUUGAGUGGUAUUGCCGAGACUGCAGGAGCGAAGCGCGAGGUCACCUUUCCUAAAUACCGCGGUAUCUUCCCCACCUUGUUCACCAUUAUAAGGGAAGAGGGAGGACGUGCUCUGUACAAUGGAAUGGGAACGAACCUGGUCCGCGCUGUGCCUAGCAGUGCUAUGACCAUUCUCACCUACGAAUUUGUCGCCGGCCUUCUGUCGCGCCUCCGCGAGGAGAGCAUCAACCAUUACGGCAGCGGAGGCAGGUUUUAACCGCCAGCCAGCUAGCCACGACGAACGAACGAACGAUGAUGACCACCACGACGACGGGAAUCUUUUUUUCUCCUUUUACAUUUCCAUCUCGACGCGAAUACUAGAACUGUUACAGCUUACAUUAGAGGUGUGGUGGUCUGGGGUGUUGUGCUUUUACGGUCUUACAAUGCUUUUACCCUUUACUGCUUUCGCGAUGAUAUCUUUGCUAGCUACACUUCGGUGCAUCAUGGCUUUUUUUCUUCUGGUCUCAUUUUUUUCUUUUCUUUGACUUUGACUUUUUCUUUCUCUUUUACCGGUCAUUCAUCAUCAUCAUCAUAGGGG